AUGAAUGAGAAACAAAUUCUUGGCGUUGCUGGUAGCAGUAAUGAUGUACACCUUAUGACAUUAGAAUAUUAUAACGAACAUAAAGAUGAACUGAAAGGAGAGAAGGGUGACACCGGACCUCAAGGACCUCAAGGACCACAAGGAAUACAAGGAAUACAAGGAAUACAAGGAAUACAAGGACCUCAAGGCGAGAACGGUUUGGAUGGUGUAGAUGGAAAGGAUGGAAAAACUGCUAAAUCAUGGAUAUGGAACCUUAUAAAUACUGGUUUAACAGCUGCUUCAUAUGGAGUUCUUCAAUACCAAAUCGGAAAGAUAUGGGCGGUACUUGGUGAAGAAGUUUUAAAUGACGUUAAAAAUGCUUUGAACUUCAUUUCAAAUGGUUCGGAUACUAUUAAAACUUUAUCUGGUUGGAUGCAAGAAACAAGGAGUCAAAUAGAUACUGUAAGACGUAUAGCAAACAAUGCACGUACGGGAUUGGAUACUUUACGACAAGCACAAAAUACACUAAAGGAAGCAAAUGAUAUUCUUGGCUCAGUAUCAGACAUGCAUGAAGAUUGGCUUAAAGGUAUUGACAAAUCUUUAAAAAAUCACAGUCAGUCUAUUGCUGACUACAAGAAAAGUAUAGAUUUUUUACAUAGUGCUAUGGACGUACAUGAUGGAAGCAUAAGGAACUUACUUAAUGCUAACAAUAACUUACCAGGAACUAUUAAAGCAUUUAUAAAGUCCUUUGUAAAACCCGGUGCUCUAACAUUUAGGUCUUUGAGAGCAAGAGCAUUGAAGUCAAGAGAUGCAGAAACUCCAACAGAACCUACAGAAGGAACUGAAACAACAGAAACUCCAAAAGAACCACCAAAACCAACAGCUAAUGAAAUAUUGUUCGAAUAUUUUCCAAGGUACUCUGUUCUCAUUGCAUACAUUCAAGAAAUACUUAAGAAAGCAGACUUGACUUUAGGAGAUGA